AGAAGUAAUACUGCCAUACUCUGGCGUUUGACGCAGGACCUGAAGCCAACGUGGCUUUUGACAACCUCUUUAAUGCUACUUUGUUAUAGUUGUUGUCUAUACUAGCAGGAUACCUGUGUUAUGCGAUUUUCCCGGGAGCAGGAGCUGUCUAGCAACGGCUUCGGGGGCGCAAAUGGUGCCUUUCUGCCAAGCUUGGCGGAACCGGAAGGGGAUGAGGCCCAAUUCCACCAUCAGCAGCAGCACCACCACCACAACUACUGUGCCUUGCAGCAGGAGCAGCAGUACCACCAGCAGCAACACCGCCAGCAGCAACAGCAGCAGCACUACCACCAUUACCAACAACAACAACAGCAGCAGCAAAACCAGGGAACAGGAGAGGAGUCGCUGGAGACACCGCUACUGGUCGGCGGGGAGAGCUACGAGUUCGCGGCGCUUGCAAACCUUGAUCUCUUCUUCACGCGGGUGUACAGGUACUGGCACGAACGCGGUCUGCGCUCCAUCCUCCUCGCCGGGGCUCUGAACCUCCUGGCCCUCGCCUUCACCGCCGCCUUCUCCACCUUCCUCCUCUUCUUCGUCGACUGGCACGCACUGCACACAGAAUGCCUGGCUCCGCGUGCCGGCGGCGGCGGCGGCGGCAGCCCCAGCGGCGGUGGCAGCGGCGACGGCGGUAGCAGCAGCAGCGGUUGCGACUUAGCGGCGGUUGCGUUGGACCGGCGGCCGUUGCUGGGUCGCGGCGUGGGUGCGGAUCUGCUUGCGUUGUCGUACAUCACGGUGUGUGUGACGUACCUGGGCUGGACUGCUGCGCACUUCCUGACGGACGUGCGGGACAUGCGGGAGGUGGCGCACUUCAUGGCCAACAAGCUGGGAAUCAGCGAGAGCAAGGUGGUUGCGCUCACGUGGGCGGAGGUGGUGCACCGGCUGGUGCUGGUGCAGCGAACCACCCGGCUGUGCAUCGCGCGGGACCUGGACGAGCUGGCCAUCGUGGCGAGGAUCAUGCGGAAGGAGAACUACCUGAUCGCCAUGAUCAACCGCAACGUGCUGCAGCUGCACCUGCAGCCACCGCCCGACGCACCGCAGCCCGUUCGACGGCUGCUGGCAGCGCUGCUGGGGGUGCUGGGGGGCGGAGGGGGCGGCGGAGGGGGAGGUGGAGGAGGGGGGCCGGGGCGGGGGGGAGGGCGGCAGCGCGGCACCGCCCCCAUGCUGACGAAGACGCUGGAAUGGAACCUGCGGUGGUGCAUCCUGGAUCACAUGUUUGACGAGCGGUUUCGGAUCCGACCGGAGUUCUCGGAUGUGGCGGCGUUGAGGCGACGUCUGCGCCUGGUUGCCGCCGCCAACCUGCUUCUCUCGCCCUUCCUGCUCUUCUUCCUGCUGGCGCACUUCUUCAUGCGCAACGCGGAGCGGCUGUACCACCACCCGGCUGCCCUGGGCUCGCGGCGCUGGUCGGGGCUGGCGCGGUGGCGCAUCCGGGAGCUGAAUGAGCUGCACCACUACCUGAACCACAGGCUGAGUGCCAGCCACCCUGCCGCGCUGCGCUACGUGGCGCAGUUCCCCUCACACACGCUGGCGGCACUGGCCCGCUUCCUGGUGUUCGUGACCGGCUCCUUCGUUGCGCUGCUGCUGUUCGUUACCUUCCUGGACGAGUCGCUGCUGGAGCGGCCGCUGCUGGGGCGGCAGGUGGUUUGGUGGCUGGGCACUCUCACGCUGCUGCUGGCGGCAUGCAGGACGCUGGUUUCGGAGGAGCCGGUUGCGUACGACCCCGAGCGGGCGCUGGCUGACGUGGUGUCGUACACCCACUACCUGCCGCGGCACUGGCGGGGGCGGGCGCACACGGCGGAGGUGCAGGCCGCCUUCCUGUCGCUGUUCCGCCUCAAGGUGGGCCUGUUCGCGGAGGAGCUGGCCUCGCUGCUGACCACACCGCUGCUGCUGGCAUGCUCGCUGCCGGCGUGUGCGGAGGGUAUUGUGGAGUUCGUGUCCACCUUCACUGCGCACGUGGAGGGGGUGGGUGACGUGUGCAGCCUGGCGUUGUUCGACCUGGGGAGGCACGGCAACGGAAAGUACGGCUCGCCCGCACAUGCGGACAAGGCGCUCCGGAGCCGUCAAGGGAAGCUUGAGAAGUCCUUCCUGGUGUUCGUGAGCACCUACCCCUCGUGGGAGCCCGGGGAGCUCGGACGCAAGAUGCUGGCGGAGCUGGCGGCGGCGAACGGCGGCGGAGGCGGCUGUACGGCACCAGCGACGGCGGCGGCGGAGGGCGACGCGUUGCCGUACCACCAAGACCCGCCGACGACGUUUCCGUAUCAGGCGGCGGAGGGAGCGAGCAGGGCUGCCGACGCGGCGGCGGCGGGUGCGGCGGCGGCGGCGACGUCAGCAGCGGCGGCGACGGCGCUGCAUCGCGCUUCGUCGGGUGAAGGGUUGAGGGGAGUGCCCGGCAGGGGUCCAACGGCGACGUCGACGUCACGUUUUGCCGCUGCUGACGCUGGGGAAGGGCUUGGCGGUACGUCGACGCGGCCGCCUCCGCCUCCGCCGUCAGGGCCUUAUCCUCGGCGGCCGCACCCAUCUGUGUCGUACAUGACACCGCAUCACGGCGUCAAGUCCUACAUGAGUAAUGCCACGGCAAGUCUGAUGUCUGGCGCCGCCGCCGCCGGCGUCGGCGGCGGUGGUAGCGGCUGGCACUGGCGGCCGGCGGGGCACAUGCAGGGCGGCGGCGGCGGCGUCAUGGGCCCGUCCGGCCUGAGUCCCAGCCCUAGCGUCGCCUCCAGCCAAUUUUCAAACCUGCCGCCGCCGCACAUGCAGUACUAUCCCGUGCCGUACUACUACGCCCAACAGCAACAGGUGAGACAUGCAAAGCAGCAGCAACAGCAUCACAGGCGACUGUACGACCAGUGGAGGUACGGCACUAUGCAUGGUGGUGCCGUACCGCCGCCAGCACCCGCCGGGCCGUACGACAGGCGCAUGGCGUCAUCCUACGCUGCCGCCGCCAGCUGGCAACGACAUUCCAUGGUGGCGGCGCCACCGAUGGUCGACAUGUACGACAUGCCGUACUCUGGGCUGUACCAUCCGUACCCUUUGUACGACGCGCCGCCAGCCCUGCCGCCCUUCAUGUUUGGUCCGGGGGCGGCGACCGCCGCCGCGGGCGACUUGGCCCCUGAAGGUUGUACGACGGAUGCGAGGACGCCAGCUCAGCCUCCACACCAGCCCCACCCACCGGUUGGCAGCCCUGGUAAUGAGCAUCCGCCGCCGCCACCGCCACCCAAGUACGGCGGCCCGAGCGAUGCGUUACGGCAUGCACCCGUGACAGCAGCGGCGGCGGCGGCGACAGCAGCGGCGGCGGCAGUUCCUGCGCCGGUCCUGACGGCAGCGGCAGCGGGGUCUCCUCCCGCUGGCGCAACCUCGCCGCCGUCGCCUCCGUCUCUGCCCCUCAAGCCAGCUGGGAGUCAAGCCCGCACCCCAACAACCUCGACAUUCGGGGCCCACCAGGAGGAGGCAGCGGCACCGCAGCCGCCGGCUCCUGCAGCCCUGUCUCGUGCAGCUGGUGCUCACGCCACCGCAGCACCGGCAGCAACCCCGGGAGACGGCCCCGCAGCGUGUACUGCGCCUGCAGAAGGCGCCUUGGAUGGGAGCGGGGUUGCUGUUGGGUCCAGUUGCCUCAGCGGCGUUGGCACGGGAACGGGUACCGGUAGCGGCAUCGCGGGAGGGUACGGCUCGGACGUCCUAGACCUCCGCGGCUUAGAGGACAUGGCUGCGGCGAGUGAGUCGACGGCGACGGCGGCGGCGGCGGCAGGUCAUGACGGCGGUGGCGGCGCUGACGGCGAAUUCGACGAUCCACUCGGUUCAGGCUGUUUCGAGGAGCUGUCGAAACCCGCGUCGGCAUCUCAUGCGCCGGUGGAACUCUGGGCUUCGGCGCUGUCACUGUCGUCAUCAACGGCGGCGGCGGCGGCGAUGGCGGCGCCGCGGCCGUUGCCGUUAGGUGCGUUGAACGCUGGCUUGCUGCAGGAGGAGGGUGACGUGGAGGAUGAUGAGGAGGAGGACGAGGGGUUUGGGUUGGUGCCUGAGUUGCCGCUGCCGCCGACGGCAGUUGCGGUUGCGACGGCAGCAAGGGACGCUCCCUCCGCCAGCAAUGCUCGCAGCAGCAGCGGCGGCGGCAGCGGUGUCAUGCCGCCAGGUCAGCUGCACAAACAAGCGAAAACGCAGCCAAGCGCGCAGCAGCCGCAGCGGCAGCCGCAUGCAUCGGAACCGUCGCCUCAGAUGUUGCCCCCACUGGCGCCAGUGCCGCCUCCGCCACAGCAGCAGCAACAACCGCCGUCGCAUCAUUUCGAGGGCAGUAGCAUGCAACAACAGCCUCCUCAUCCCGAGCAACUAUCUUCCUCGCAAGCGUACUACAGCCCGCUCUACUUCGCCGACAGUCCAUACUACGGUGUUGACGAAUACGACAUGUACGAUUACGACAAUCUUGCGUCGUACGGAGGAGGUACGGAUCCUAGUACACGUGGCGGCGGAGGCGGCGGAGGCUAUGAACUUGUUGGCAUCGGUCCAACACCAACACCGACAGCAGCAGCCGUACCGCAGCUGCAGCCGCAGCCACACUUGGUGCCUUCUGCGUCGUUGGCAACAUCGCGCCAUGCUCGGGAGUUCCCAUCUCGGCCCAGUGAUGAGUGGGUCCCCGUUCCGUUGGGCUCGACCAUGUUUGCAGCUUCUGCUGCUGCUGCUGCUGCGACGGCGGCGCCAACCGCCGUGCCCGCGCCCGCACCUGCUGCCACCACGGCCACUAUGACCUCCCCUUCUGUCGCAAUCGCAUCCACAGCAACAACCGCAGCCGCCUCUCCGGCUGCUGCUCCCACCGGUGCCCCUGCUGCGGCUGCCCUAACAGCCCCAACAGCCGCAUCAACUGCCGGCCUGCUGCCCACCAACGAAACCACCGAGUUGCAUCGUCGAGUGGUGCAGAGCCACACGCUGCUUCACUCCUUGUACGAAUCCAAGGACUUGACGGUACAACACAGACUGCAACAGCAGCGGCAUGCCCGGGCGAUUAAUGCGGGCCGCGGCGGUGGCGGCGGUGGGGGAGGCGGUGAUGGAGCUGGUUGGGGUGAAACCUCUACGUUGUCGUCUUCUCGUGUGCUUGGUUGGGCUCCUCCGGGUGCAUAUCAGUAGCUUGUGUGUUGGCGAUGUUGCUGGUGUGAGGUGUUGGGACGGUUCGCUUGGUACGGUUGCAUGCACGUGCUGUUAUGUAACACAUUUUUAUGACAUGGAGGGCCAGCGGGCUGGUGGUUAGGUAGGUCGCUAGGUGAGGGGUGACACUGGCACACAUUGUUGUGAAGGGUGCAAGAGGGCUGCGUCCAAGACGUUGCACGGGAGGCGGGACGUUGAAUGUGGGUUGCUGCGGCAGCGGGAUGUGCUGACAUACCGGUAGGCUUGGCGGCCGCGGCCAAUGCUGUAAUGCCGCAAGCAGGUGGGGUUGUGGGGAAGGAGGAGGUUGUAAAGCACGAGAGUCGGAAAACAAUGCGCCUCGGACGUUGUAAUGUUAACGACAGCGGUUGUAAUAAGUUGUUGUACCAAAAGAUAGAUGUGGUUGCGCCAUGGUUGCGCCAUCGUUGGAAGAGGGUAGGUCUGCUUGCAAUGAGCAGACUAGAGAUGGCCCUCAGUCGGCCGCAGUGUACGGGUUUGUACGAUUAUGACACUACCGGUGUGGCCCAUGGCGCCUUGGAGUGCAGCGCCAUGGGGCCUUUGGGGCCCUCCUGGGUUAUUUUAGGUCGUAGCUUUUGUUGGGAAGGGCCUUAUUAGCUGAGCGAAUCGGACUACGCCAUGUACGGCACGUUUUAGGGGCAGAUGGUAUGUAUCGGCUGCUGCCUUUUUGGCAGUCUUGAGUGUCGGCGUACGGGUGAAUCCGGACCUACUAACAAACCUAUUUGUACUUUUGCGGUGUCUUAAUUCGCAGGAGGUUGUGUUUUGAGUGUGUCUUCGGUUCGGGGAGUUAAGAGGUGUAGAGAGGAAGUGCUAGGCUGUCUUUUUUUUACUACUUUUUUACUAACGGCACAGAUGAGGGAAGGGGCUGAAAACAGCGAACCAGUUCUUGCUUGCUGAAGCUGCAAAACCCAUCUGCGAGGAGGUGGUUGUACAGGUCCUGUACGCAACGUAAAGCGGUUUUGCACGGAAGUCGAGGUCUGUACCUAUACUUGCAACAUGGAGGAGGAGGUGCCCUGACAGACAUGUGGUGCAAUGUGGUGUGUUGUCUGGUAAAGGACUACAGUGCUCGUGCUAAUCCUUGCUGAUGCCGGCCGGCCGGCCAAUGAUGACACGCCAACGGUGAAAGCCCUCCGUACAACUGACUAGGAGGGCCUUGUUACCUGGUUAGGUGCGCACACGCUUAUCUCUGGUUAUCCGAGCUAGCAUGGCUUGUCAUGCUCGAAUGUAACACGCCAUGCGAAUGAAGGCCCC